CAUUGUUUGCACGGGCUCUAGGAAAGAGAGGCGGGGCAGGAGAGUGACUGAAAGGCUCUUGGUGCACCUGACACAGACAAAAACCGAUACAGCUGAGAGGCAGCAGAGCAUGUAGCAACUCCAAGGAGGACACCAGACAAACUGCAGUAAAGGGGACGCAGAGACAUCACCAAACGCAAACCUGAUAACAUAUGGAACAUUUCAGCUCAUCUAUGCUGGCCAUCAUGGAGCAGACAGACAACAUGCACGACUGUUACAUGGACAACACCAGACAAUUCAUCCUGUUGAUGCUUUUCAAAGUAUUCUUGAACGGAGGUGCGCUAUACCUCUGCUGCUUCAAACCACUGUGGUCUUUUUUCAACAUUUGCAGUAUCUCUUUUGCUUUGGUCGACCUCAGCAUGACCGCUUUCAUGACCACAACACUUUGGAUGGAUGUCCAAUCGUCCCACGUGGCCAUGUGCUACAUAAUGGCAAACUUCUCUGCCGCGUAUUCUGCUCUCCCUGUACCCGUGUUAUGCCUGGGGAUUUUGGACUAUUACCUUGAAGACACAUGCGCUGGUAGGAAAUACAUAAGAUUAACCAGAAACAUAGUCUUGGUGAUCUUGAUGUGGUUAUUUGCUGGAUGUUACGCUCUUGAAACAGCGAAUGCCACACUGCUUUCACAAACAAGAAAUAUACGAUAUGUAGUUUGUGAAAUCAAAGAAUCAAGAACUGUUGGAUAUUUCACAGUUGCGUUAACAGCUGUCAUGUGUAUCGCUCUGCUGCCAUAUAUGACACUGAUACCAAAAUGGGUGAAGGAGGCAGAGCGGAUUUCCGAAGAAAGAGAAGAGAUAGCGGAGGCAAGGAUAAGGGAUUUAAAGAUAGAUAUGACAACAGAAGAAGAUACAAAAUUCCCGAUAAAGGAAUUUACUAUGCCACGUCCGCCAAUGCACCUAAGCCUACUCAUUUGUUUUGGAGUAUUUUGGAUGCCAUACCUCGCCGUGACCACAAUUUGUGUCACGUUGGAGUUUGGGAUCCCUGCUUACAUAAGUGUAAAUCUCCUUUGGGUGCAGUGUGUCAACAGUCUGCUGGAAGGGGUGGUGUUUUGGCUAAGGAGUGGAACGGUGGGGACCUACAUCAGUCAAUAUGAAAAUAUCUGCUUAUGGCAGGCCUACUGGGACCUGAGCGCUGACACAAACGAUGAGCAGCUACUACCUGUGCACAAGUUUAACCCAUCAAAUGCAAAGAGAGACAUGGCAUUUUAUGUUUGAAGAAAAGCAACAGCAUUGAAUCUUUGACUUUUCUCUGCAAAAUUAAGCAAAUUUUGCAGUUCACUUUGUAAAAUAUGCAAAGAGGACACUGCAUUCCAGGAAUCACAAAGGACCAGGAUGUUUUAAAGCUUUCUGAAAACUCAUUUGACACACAUUUGAAAGCUGAGGGAAGUAAGCUGCUGUUCCAGGUGACAGAAGUCUCCAUUUCAAUAUUCAAACUGGGCUGUGGAGUGUAAAAUGGACAGGGUGUGUGUUUGUCAGAUUCAGCACAGCAAAAAGUCUCUAUGAAAUGCAUAGGUCUCUGUGUGUGAAUUAUGGGGAUGUCAAAACGGGAGAGAAGACAAAAGUGUCACUGAAACUCCUAUGACUUCAACUAAUAAUAACCUACAUUUUUAGGGCUGCUGAAGGUUUAUUUUCUCUAAAUGACUAUACUAUUGUUUUUCUACAAAACAAAAUUUGUGAUGU